UUGGUGCGCAGUCCUGGAUCCCAAACGAGGAUCCACAGCAUUGAAUCCAUUUUGGGAUUUAAAGGAGAGAAUAUCUUCCACCCGGCGUUUUCUUGUGGAUCCGGGAAGCCGGUCAAAGAACCUGAGCGUUUGUCUUCCCCCAAAAAGUCUUCCAAAAACUUUGAUGGUGUCUGUAGAUCCGCCGUCAUCAGUCCGGAUCUGCCGGAUGUGGAUGGUGGUAAAUUGUCGGAUGAUGAAAAUCCGAAGAAAAAGCACCGGCGGAACCGGACCACGUUCACCACCUUCCAGCUGCACGAGCUCGAGAGAGCGUUUGAGAAGUCGCAUUAUCCUGAUGUGUACAGCAGAGAGGAGCUCGCGCUCAAGGUCAACCUGCCGGAGGUUCGCGUGCAGGUUUGGUUCCAAAACCGCCGUGCAAAGUGGCGACGUCAGGAGAAGCUGGAGGUGAGCUCCAUCAAGCUGCAGGAGUCCUCCAUGCUGUCCAUCCCCAGAUCGGGACCACUGUCUCUGCCGUUAGAGCCCUGGCUUACCGGACCCAUCACCUCCUCCAGCUCUCCCCUGCAGUCCCUGCCCAGCUUCAUCACCCCUCAGCAGGGAGUACCAGCCAGCUACACCCCUCCACAGUUCCUCAGCUCAUCCACGCUCAACCACCCUCUGCCCCAUAUAGGAGUGGUGUGCCCCCCUCCACCAGCGUAUCAGUGCUCAGGCUUUAUGGAUAAAUUUACACUAGAAGAAGCAGACCCACGAAACACAAGUAUCGCCUCGCUAAGAAUGAAAGCGAAAGAACACAUCCAGUCUAUAGGGAAGACGUGGUAGACUGAGGAGGAUGCUGGACUGAGGCACUCAGAGACUUGUUUGCAUCUCCUUUAACUUUCUAAAUCAGACUCUGUUUGAAGAGAAGUGGUUUUCACAUCUGUCUGUGGUUCAGAAAACUCAGAGUUUUGACAAGCUUUGUAAAACAAAUUCACUGUACAUUACUUUUUACAUUACAUCUUUUUUGGUUUAUUUUUUUAAUCACAAGUUCAUUUAAUAAAGCUUCCUCAAAUACGCAACCAGACCUAAUUC